AUGAAGCACACUGAGAAGACCACCAAGAAAGGAAACCCCUUCAAGCAAAGAAUUACAUUUGGCUUUGGAAUCCCUAUUCCAAGACCACUUGCUUACAAGGAUUUAAUUCACAAAAUUGCAGAAAUUGAUAUUGGAGAACUUAUUUCUGUAAGAGAAACCUUGUGUGCAACCUUACCCCCAGAACAGAAGGUUGCUGGUGUGUACAGAGACUUAGAAAAAAUGCUUCUCAUCCUGAGCAAAUUCUAUCUGGAAACAGAUCCCAUAAGAAAAGACGAUGAAAGACUGUCUUGGUUUGGUAAGAAGGGUGCUUUCAAAGUAGCAAUAGGUGGUGACGGUGCCGCCUUUGGUAAAUGGGAUGAGUCCAUGUCUUGGUUGGUUAGCUUUAUUAAUGUGGGAGCAAAAGUUGCUAGCCCAAAUGAUAAUUUCUUGUUGUUUGGUGCCAAUUGUAAGGAAGAUCAUCCUGCUGUGAGAUUAUUUACAAAGCAGUUGUCUUCCAAAAUUGAAGAAAUUGAAAAUAAUACCUACAUAGUUUUGGGGAUGCAAGUAACUUUUUCAUUUGAACUGGUUCCAUCUGACAUGAAAUUCCUCUCUAUCAUUAAUGGAGAACUUAACAAUGCUGCCACUUAUUUUUCAAGCUUUGCAAAUGUAUCAAAGGAAGACUGCAUGUCAUUAAAAGGUAAAUUUCGCACAACUCCAGAUUGCAAAUGGAAACCAUGGCCAUGCAAACAAAGACUGAACAUUGCCAAGCAGGUUUUAAACUUUAAAGAUAACCUUCCCUCCAACCUUGCAAAGUCCACACAGAGAACCAGGAUAACACGAUUCAUUGCAAACAAGAAUUCUAGGAAAGAAUUUGACCCUUUAAUUGGUAAUCUUUGUGAUAAAGAAGUUGUGGAGCCCCUCCAUUUAAAAAAUAAUGGAGUGCAACAUCUGCAUUCAAUGCUUUUGGACUUGGCAAUUUCAUCGAGUAACCUCCCAGACAAAAUCAGCAGCUUGUCAGAUCUACCCCCGUCAAGUGCAAUUUCCAGGUACUUAAAAGCUUUAGAGUCUGAUGUGAAAGCUGGGCGCCUAAAGAAACAACUAGAAAAGUGGAUUUUAGAAGACAGGUCCAAAGACAAGGACUUUUCCUACAGACUCACUGGCAAAGACUCUAGACUUGUUUUGCAUGGUUUCAUGUUCCUGGUAGAUGCAAUCAAGGGGAAUUCAGAGAACCCUACAUUACUCAUGAAGCUGAUCUACAAUGUCUUUAUAACAAUUAAGUUGAGUGACUGUGCUUCAAGGUUCUCUAUGUAUGAUAUCACCCCUCCAGCUGUCCAAGAGUUGCAAGAAAUAAGUCAUGAUUACUUCAAAGCAGUAGUCCUUUUCAGUGGAAAAGUUUCAGGCACAGUCUGGAGUAUUGGGCAUCUUGCUCCAGUU